UAAGAGACUUGUCGGGGUUGAGUCUCGUCAAGGUUGAACAUUCCAGGUGCAAAUAGAGAUGAUUAGUUAUUCGUAUCCCGUGUACUUGUUUUAUUUUAGCUAUUUCCAUAUUUUCAACUCGAUUUCAAUAACCUUACUGUAACCUUCGUCAUGCUCUGAAAGGUGCCUCCGAGCUAAACUCGUCCGAAACUGUCCAUUCGUUCGUGCCAUCAAUGUGUUUGUAGUCUCAAAUCUCACUGUUCUGACCAGCUUUUUCGAUUUUGUGCUUGAGAGCUGAUCGUAAAAUGGCAGGUGUGGAUAGAAACAAAAAAGUCUCACGAUGGUAUUUCGGAGGUCUUGCCUCUGCUGGUGCUGCUUGUUGCACUCAUCCCCUCGAUCUCUUAAAGGUUAUGCUACAAACUCAACAAGAAGGCAAAGUAUCAGCAUUGAAGUUAGCAGUCACGAUAUCCAAAGAACAAGGUGUUGGAGCUCUGUACAAUGGUCUCUCAGCAUCUUUAUGUCGGCAGCUAACUUAUUCCACUGUGCGGUUUGGCAUUUAUGAGGUUGGAAAACAAGGCUUAAGCUCUGCCAAUGGUGGCGCAGAAAAUUUGUCAUUCCAAAGUAAAGUUUUACUUGCCUCAGCUGCGGGCGCAGCAGGAGGUUUUGUGGGAACCCCCGCCGAUAUGAUUAACGUUCGAAUGCAGAACGAUAUUAAGUUGCCUGCAGAAAGCCGUAGAAAUUACAAACAUGCUAUUGAUGGCUUUAUCCGAGUUUGGAAAGAAGAAGGUUUCCGAAGGUUGUUCUCCGGUGUUGAAAUGGCAACAUCAAGGGCUGUGCUGAUGACUGUCGGCCAACUUUCAUUUUAUGAUCAAGUGAAACAGUUCUUAAUUUCCACACCUUACUUUUCCGACAACCCAACGACACAUUUCUUAUCGAGUUUAACAGCGGGCGCAGUUGCAACUUCCCUGACACAGCCCUUAGAUGUACUCAAAACUAGAGCCAUGAAUGCAAAGCCUGGAGAAUAUAAGAAUCUCUGGCACUUGGUCACUUAUACGGCGAAGUUAGGCCCUCUAGGAUUCUUCAAGGGUUAUGUUCCAGCUUUUGUUAGGUUAGCUCCUCACACAAUCCUAACCUUCCUCUUCAUGGAGCAACUGAGACUCAAUUUUGGAUUCUACAAGACUUCAAAAGACUGAAUCGAUCUUCAUCUUUAAUGGACUGACAGCUGAUGGAUAUUUCAUCUGUUUCAGAUAAGCCGAUUCCAUUUUUCAUCAUUUUUUUUUCUUUUCUCCCAUCUAAUGGUUCUCACUGAUUUGAAUAGUUACCAUUCAAAACCAAACAUUUGCAUGAAUAAAUUAUACACACUUUGAUUUUAAUAUACUCUGAAUAGUGUCAGUCGAGUUCUGAAUUAAAAAUUCUAGAAUUAAAGAAAGAAAAAAAUGGGUACCUACGUUCAAUGAAUGACUCAUUUUUUGAGAAAAAGGCUUCGAAAUAGAUAAGUCUUGUAACACAAAAAUCUUGACGGGCAAAAGAGAGAAAUAUUUUCUUAUAUUUUAUGCAUUGUUUUUAUUUUAUCAUGUUAUUUACUAUGUUUAUACGAGCAAUUAAUGCGUAACUGUCAAUGUGAGUUACAGAGUACGGAUUCAACAUGCAUGAAAAAAGACACUUCUUAUGAACCCUUGAUUCUAAUCAAUUUUUCAUCAAUUCUGGCUGGAUUCUGAUCCAAAAAGUGCAAGUUUAUACUAAUCCUGCUUUCAAACGAAUCUUAGGUUUAAGGCUGUGGAUUACUGCUGUUUGGAAAGGCAAAUUCAUCUCAAUUCGCGUUGAGAUCAGGUUUUAGCUUAAAUAUGUCUUUUUUGAUCUGAGUCAUAAAACAUCAUACGCUUUUUAUUCAGAUUGUAUUGAAUUUUUACCAGUCUCAUACUUGGCUUGUGACUGUGUUCUCAUGAAGGUUUUUGACAUGCACCUGUCAUUUUGAAUUCUGAAAUAUUCUUUCAUCCCACAUUGAAUUGCUCGUAUGAAUGUAGCUAUUGUUUCCCUCUUUAAGGGUCCUGUAAUUUUCAAUGGAUGUACACAGUAAAAUCUUGCUCCUUUGUACCUGCAUUUUAUAAAAAUAACUCGGACAGAGAACGUCAACAAAAUAAAAAGCAGAUACGCUUCCACUCGAAAUAUUAGAAGCAAAGAAUUCUUUUACUUGUCAGAAUGUUUUAAGAGGCCUCUCUGAUUGUGGCAACCACAUUUUUUUGUUAUUUUUUUUUAUUCAUACUUUAUUUAUAUGAAAGGUGUCUAUUUUCUUUAUCAGUCCAAAACUUUGUCCAUCUAUUAAAUAGGUGAUUUAAGUUUAAUAUUUUAUUACUAGUUUUGUUUUUUACUCAACUGAUACAUACUUCCAAUGAACAUUUCAUUUUCCUGUUAAAUCAUCUCUUUUUUAAAAUCUUCCGCGUUUGUUCUACAUGCAAUUACCUAUUAUUGAUGUUUUAUUUCUCUAUCUAUGAUUUGAGUGAAACUUUUUUUUACUCAAUGAUACCAUUAAAAGUUUUAUAUUUUAUCUUGUUGAAGAGUCUAUUUUUUCUGAUUAAUGAUCAUACUCAGCGUACCCAUUGUAGGUUUUAAAAGAAAUCUAAUGCAUUUUCUGUUUGGGAAGUUUUUGUGUGAUAUUCAUGGAAAAUCCUCGUAACAAUCUAGUUAUGUAAAUAUAAUAGAACUUAAAGGGUUUUCUUAAAACUAUCAAGUAGUUUUGAAAAUACUAAUCACUAAAACUAACUCGUAUCAAUAUUACCCUCAAUAGCUAAUACCUUGAAUAUCCCUUGUAAAAAGUCUUUCUCCCAUAUUUUGAGAUGGUCUCAUGAAAUGAUCACAUGGAUGAAGAAAAAAAGAGAGUUUACUCUCUGUUGUUGUCAGUGUGAGUUUUACCCGUCAUUACCAUUUAAACAUCGGUUUUUGAUUUCUAACUAUCCUUGAAAGUGCUCUUUCCUGCUCUGGCUGUACUUUUCAAACAUUUGCACUCAUUGUAAUUCACCGGGAAAUGAAUAGCGAUGUUUUUCUGUGUACAUUUCCAAUUGUUUACUGUGUUUUAAAAUUGUCACGUUAAUGUUCAUAGUUACAUUCGUACCUAUCACUAAUUAAUUAUCAGGUUUUUAAGUAAUCGGUUUCUGGGACAUUUCAAUAUCUUUUAUGUUGUUACUACUUUUUUAGUUUCUAACUUUUUGUGACUCAGCAUGUUUUUGUUUUAUUAUGUUUUUGCUCCAAAUUCUUAAUGCCUUCAUAGAUAGUUUCUCAUUUUACAAUUGGACUAAAGUUAAUUAUCUACAAAAUGUUGUUAUCCCCUUUCGCAAGCAACUGCAUUUGUGGAGCAUAGGGUCUUGCUAUCUAAUACUAUCCAAAAAAUAAGUAAAUACAAUAGAACAUAUUCAUCCAACUCAAAAUGGCAAUCAGGGUGAUAUGAUAACAAAAAGAAUGAAAACCCAAUGACAGAGAGUCUUAAUUUGCUCAAAUUUUGCUUACGCCUCUCACUGUGAGACCCAUCUGUCAUCACUUUCUUUUUAUUUUACAAUUUUCAAAAAGCAACUUUAAACCAGAAAAUUAAAGUUAGUAAAUUCAAAAAUUUUAGAUGGUUGCUGACAUCCAAAAAAGAAAAUUUAAGUAAGGAUAUUGAACAAUUUAACGGAGCAAUCUUGAAAAGUCACUGCUCUGAGCCAAAGAAGUUGGUGAUAGAUUUUGGCUUGUGGAAUUAUGGCCGGGCCUUGAACGUUGCUCCACUUUUCAGUGGAGUAACAAUUAAAUAGGCCAAUAAAGAUGAUGAAUCCUAGAGGGUUGCAUAAUCAAGAUGCUGUGUAGGGCUCAAGUAGAGGUGUGCAAAACUUGAAUUUUAACCUUGAAAGAGACUUUUUAAGGGUUAACAGACCUUUAUUCCCUAGGCCACUUCUCUUUUAUUCCUGAUCAAUAACUUUUAGUGUUGAUGCAUUUUUUCCCCACAAUGAGGAAACUCUCUCAAUUUAAAGUUCGCACAAGCGUUCAAUCAGAUACAUUCCAUACAGAUACGUAAGAUUGUGAUGUGGAUAUUUCCGAUACCUAUUUCUUUUUACGAAGUUUCUCUUAAUCAUUAAGGAAGGUUCAAAAAUUAAAGAAACAAAAUUCUCAGGUCAUACUAAACCUAAAUUGGGCCUCUGGUUCAAACUUUUCCAAGAUUCCCGUAACUCAGUAUGAGAUAUGAAGGUUCCUUAAAGUUUCUGUCUUCCAUACAUUUAUAACAAAUAAACAAAUGACUAUCUUCCAAUAACGAACACUCCCAUUUUGCAUUUAUGCCCAAUUGCUCAACUUCACAACUCUGUCGAUGUCUUUUCAAUAAAAUUGACAAUAAUCACAUGGAACUUAAUAUCUUCCAAAGGCAGUUUGUUGCAAAAAUCAGUCUUAAGAAGGAUUGUACUCUUUUUCAUUUUUGUCACAAACUAAUGAUCUUGUGUCAUAUUUUUCAAGGAUUAGCAGAACGAUUAUUUCAAAUGACGAAGUAUAGGAAAUCUGAUGAUCGCAAAGGAAAAAGAGCCUGGUUCCAAGACCAUAUUUUAAAGAUUGCACAACUUAAGAUUUUUAUUCAUUUAUUUAUGUUUUCACCAAAAUUUAAAAUUAAGUAUUGCAUCUUUUUCCCCUCAAAAAUUUUUCAUAAUUUUGAAAACUAUAGGAGAGAACGCAUUUAGUAUUUUGUAAAAAAAAAGCAAAGUUGCACCAUUUUAAGAAAAAUGUAAACAGGACUAUGGACAUGGACUCUUUUCUCUUUGCCCGCUUCAUUUAUCAAGCGCAAGUACCAAUGUGAUUAUAAAUCCGUGUAAAUAUUUUAAUUAUUUUAAUCCAAUUAAAUUUUGAGACUGGCAUGUCAAACCCUUCCUUGCACUCUCUUCGAAUGGUAUCCAUCAGCAAUAAAAUAUUCCUUUUUGAUAAUUACUCCUCUCACUUCAAUUCAAGAUAACUAAAACUAUGCGCAAAUAUUGAUUGUUGAAACCCCAAGUUUCAACUGGAAAAAUAGAUGCAUAAAUGUCUCAUUAGAUGAUGCUAUUUUUGUCAAAAAAUCCCCACAAAGAAUGUUUUAAAAUAUUUCCCACCGUCCUGUGAUUAAACAAAUUUUGUUGCGGUCCUCAAAUUAGUUUAAAGGACCACCUGGUAUUGGUAUCCCUUUUUAGUUCUAUGUUAUACUCAGGUCAUUCUGUUAGGUAAUGCAGCAGAGGACCUCAUGGUUAUAAAGGGAGAUAACUACUACGAAACCAAAAGAUGUGGGCUUUCAUUUUUCGAAAUCAGCUUUGUGUUCUCUCCGUUUAUGGUCAAUUGUUUGCCUGAUCUAGUAGUCAAAAACAAACUUAGAAACUGCCUUGAAUUCAUGUGAAUUUUGUUCUGUAACCUUGUAUUCAACAGACAUAUAGCAUAAAGUUUAAGUAUAUAAGUUAUAAGAAUAAUCAAUAUCAAAUUGUUGAUUUUUGUGUGGCAUACUUUGUUGUGUUUAACUUUUUAUUAGUUUAGUUUUUCAUUACUCAUUUUUUUAGUGUUCUUGUAAAUAUUACAAAAGGUUACUAUGCCAGUUAAAUCUGUGCUUGAAUGAACACUGAACUCAAAAUAUUGAAUAUUUUAAAAUCAAAAAUAUUUUACCUAAUUUAUGCCCGGCAAAUAUGUUAAAACCCCACGUGUCAUGAAACCUAUGAAUGUGGAAUAUGUAUUAUUGUUACGCAGCAUUGCUAUGCCAUUUUGUACUUUGUGAUUUUUUGUGUGCAGACUCAUAUUCUAAAGAAACAGGAUCUCAUUUCUGUUUAUUCUGCGUCUCCUUUUAAACGAACAUGUUAAAUACCUCUCACUGUAACUUUCUCAAACUUGUGGAGUUCUAAGAAUUUCAAGCUCGUUAUUGUAACUAUUUUUUCGUUGAUUUGCCUCUAAUCUUUUCCGUAUCCCUCAAUAACUGUUAUUCUUCGAUGUUUCCAUGCUUUGAGCAAUGUCUUAAAAUCUACAGCAUGAAAUGCACGUCUGUUAUUUUUUAUUAACCGUUUAAUUUUAUUCAUGUCGAAUCUUUGAAAGGUUGCUAACAUUGUCUGAAAGUUCUUCAAAUGAGUAAAUGAUUGAAUUAUUUUUUUAUUAAGUAUUUAAUACUCUAUUCUAAUAAUACCGCUAACUCAGUAAAACUGUAGAGCCUAAACAUAUUUUAAUUUAUGCGAUUUUUGCCAACUGUGCCUUCAAGUGUUACUCUUCAAAUUGAUUAGGUAUUGUUUUGUAUGUAGUUGUUGUUGCUGUAUGAGAAACCACGUACCACCCUCUAAAAACUUAAAAUAAGUUUUCAAUUAUUGAUAGGCAUAAAGAAAUACGCCCAUUUUUGCGACUAGUCUACACAAAGAACUGAUGCCAAAUAAAAUGGAUAUAAUAAUCUGGAUAAGGGAGGUUGUGGGAGAGAGUUGUCUCUGCUCUCUGUAAAAUCAUGAGAUGUAAAUGGGUAGCAUUUAAAAGCGUUGGAAGGGAACUAAAUUUUACUCUAAAAAAAGUAUAUAAAUGGCAUAACACAGAUAGAGAUCUUCUCCUAUUAAUGUUGACUCCCACUCAAAAAUGGGCCAUGACGAUCGUUUUUAUUUUGAAGAUUUGUAAACAUAACAGCUCUGUGAAAGAUGGAUUCACAUUUGUGCUUGCACUUUGUACCUACUUGUUGUCACAUGGCAUUGGGCGCAUCACGGAAGGAUUUAAAUUGCAAGGCAAAGCAUGUACCCUCUGCGCGUCUCAAUAAGUCUCUAAAAUGGUGGUAUGUAGCCUUAGGCUGUGUGUAAGUACUUAAAAAAGUAAUCUCUUAAUUUGUUUUUGGAGGUUUGCCUUAGUGAGGAAAUAAUUCUAAAUAUUGGACUGGAGUGCUUACGUAAUUUGUUUUAAUAUUAUCUUAUCACCAGAGGCUACCUGGGUAGAUGUAUUAAACUUCCUAGUAAACAAACUAGCACCAGUUUUGCCGAAUAUGUUUUAAAUAUUAUAGGCAGAAAAUGCAUGAUCGUCUUUCAAAUCAUGGUAUCCUCAACGCAACUCAAAAACAAUAAGGCUCGUAUUAUAUAUUUUUCUCAAAAAAUUUUGUAAACCAUAGGGGAAUAAACUCCCACUUUGUCUGUCAUGUUGAGAAAUGUUCGUUGAUUUAUUUUUUCUGCAAAAUAAAUGUUUCUCAAAUCAA